GCCGUCGACCUGGCGCCGGCGAGACGAAACGGUGCGCUACGUGGGAUCGGAUCGAACGAGGCGAACAAUCCCCGCGUUUCUCUUCAGGUAGUACGAAGUAGUACACCGGCCGGGGCCGAGAAGAUCGAGGCGGAGAACGUUCCUCGUGCGCGAGGCGGACGCGCCUCGUCUGCUGAUAAAGAGGGAUUGGUAUGUAAUUCGCGACUCGAACUGGCGGUGCGAAGAAAGACGCGUGCCGAUUGCUGGCGUGGAACGAGAAUCGUCCGAUUCAGUUCGGUCUUAACCGCGGAACGCGCGAGGAGAGAGAGAGAUUGGUGAGUGAUUCAUUGACGUUACAACACAGUUUUGUGAGGAGAACGCCGGAGGAAAAGAGACGGGAGACGCGUGGACGUUGAUGGAGCGAAGUCGGUGCUACUCGCGGCAAGGAGAUUAGCGAGGGAUUGGAAUGUGUCGAUUGUAAGCAGUCGUAGAUUCCAGCUGAAGGAGCUCCAAUCGCGCGAUUGUGACGGGAGUGACGCUGAAUUCGAGCCGCGCGAUGUAGUACGACACAGCCUUGAAUGUGAACAGUGUUCAAAAUGAAUAGUAAAUAUAUAAUCAUCGAUGUGUACUAGAAACAUUUGAGAAACGUAGUUAGAGUAAUGCGAUAGUGAUUAAACAGAGGAAGCAAACAAGAGAGACUCGUAAAACCUAACGAAAAAUUUGUUGAAGAAUAUGAAUGCGGUGGUUGAUGAUGUGAUUUCUUCAUCUCCAAUUAAUCAUUGAACAGAGUUAUCUAGGAGGUAAUUGCUCACUCCAUCUCUUCCGGAGAACCGCAGAAUUGGUUGCGAUACUGAUAGGAAACUAAUCGAUGGUCGAAGAAAUGUACUGAGUAAUAACAGACGACGCGAAGGUCGCUGGAGCUCUCAGAAUUAAGAAGAGGAGAAUUGAUCCCUCGCGAGAGAGGAGGCCUUCGUCGCGCGCCACAACACGCGGUAGUAAGGUGGACCGCUGGCAGGUGCACGAGAGACACGCGAAAUAAGACGAAGGUGAGGGUAAGGCGAAGAGGUGGUAAAGAAACGGAGUAGAAGAAGAAGAGGAACGCAGAAAUCGGCUGUCGGGAGAGUAGCGUGCGCGCGCGUGAGUAGGGCCCCCUACGGCGAUAAGGUGAGGUCCGGGAGUCGUGGAGGGAACGAAGCAUGUAUUGCGCGGGGCCGGUUGAGCAGACCGGGCCCGCCGUCGCCGCCGCUCGUGAGAGAUCGCGCGCUGACCCAGAUUUCGGCGGGUCGAACUGGCAAGAGGAGGCCGCGGCGAACUUUCUGAAAUGGGACACGGCGCAGCCUGGAGCUAAAUUAUCCGCGAUGUCCAAUAAGAAUAAGUCCCAGCCGCAGCAACAGCAGCAUCAUCCACCGCACGUGAUCAAGCCAGUGGACCAGUUGCCGCCGCGCUACCAGCCCCCGCCGCAGCCCACCAGUGGCAUCCUGAAGAACAAUCUCCACUUCGCCAACGCGGCUACUUCGUCACCGAGUUCAGGCCAGGCCGGCAACAGUCAAGGUCCGGGCGCGGCCUUGAGCACGCAGCCGCGCACGUUGCCGCCGCCAUCGCCGUCCUCUCAGCAGCAACAGCAACCAACGCAGCAACAACCGACGAAGGAUGCGCAGAGCAAGUACUCGCCAAAGAUAGAGCACCGUCAUCAUCAUCAUUCACAGCCGGCUAACGCGUUGAUCGCUGCCGCGUCGGCGGUGGCCAAGAGCCAGCAGCAGCAGUCGACAGCCUACCUCCAACAGCUGAAGCUUGGUCAGGGCCAGUACUUGCCGCCCAGCAGCCAAUAUCCGGCGGCGAACAGCGGCCAGAGUGCGCCGGUCAGACAGAGGAUCAGCGACGAGGAAUUCCUGCGACUUGGUCCCGUGGAAAUGCUCAAGUUUGUGCGGAAGACCGAGAGUGACAUCGCCAGGCUCGCCGCCGAACAGAAUCGCCAGAUACAGAGCUUGUUGAAUGAGCUGCGAGCGCUGAAGGAGGCCAACCAAAGAUUGAGCGACGAUAACCAGGAGCUCCGCGAUCUCUGCUGCUUCUUGGAUGACGAUCGACAAAAGGGCCGUAAGCUGGCGAGAGAGUGGCAGAGGUUCGGCCGAUACACGGUGAGCGUUAUGCGACAGGAGGUCUCGGCCUAUCAGAACAAGUUGCGCCAGCUGGAUAACAAGCAGCAGGAGCUGAUUAAAGACAAUCUGGAGCUCAAGGAGCUGUGCCUGUACCUCGACGAGGAGCGCAGCGGCGGUCAAAGGGACGAGGGCGACGGGUCGAGUUCGAGCACGAACGCCGAGGAGACCGCGCCGCCGAGGCCGAGGCCCACUUCCAUAUUUAACGAUCAAACGAUGGAAUACGUGAGGAAUUUAGAGCAACGAGUGAAACAGUUGGAGGAGGCCAAGACCAUUCUGCAAGCCUGCGCGCAAGGUUGGGAAGUACCGCCGACCGAAGUUUGGGACAGUCUCGCGAGCCUGGGCGAUAAUACUUACCUAGGGAACCGACCGCAGCCUGUAGUGUGCGCCUUCCAAGUCUUUGACAUUAGGAAAGACGUGGAGAAAGAGGAGGGCCACGAAGGCGAGAAAGCAUUGGUUAAGGAAAUGUGCAAUGUUGUCUGGCGGAAAUUGGAGGAAACUUCGCAAACGAGGCAUUAACGCUCGGGCCGGGAGACCAACAACUGUCCAUCGAAUUUUUAAUAUCAUUAAUAUGAAGUGUGGUAGCUUUAAUGCACACGCUCGGGACAUAAUAGUAUUACAACUGAUAAUGUACGCGAUAAUUGUGUAUAGAUUCCUAUAUGUGUACAAUUACUAAGAUAUAAGAAUGUUUCCGUAAGUAUCUAUUUAUGCGAACGAUGUAGCGCGCCGUUAGCUUGCCUAGAUCGAUUGUUAACGUUAAACUAUUUUUAUUACAUAA